AUGGUAAGGUCCAGAAGCAGCAGCAGUAACAAUGAGAGGAAACAAAGUUGCUACAGAGAUCACUGGAGACCCCUUGAAGAUGAGAAACUAAGGCAACUUGUGAAUCAACAUGGGAAAAGCUGCAGAUUGAGGUGGUACAAUCAACUAAACCCAAACAUAAUUAAAUUGCCCUUCACUGAUGAGGAGGAAGAAAAGCUGCUAUCACUUCACAAGGUUAAGGGAAACCAAUGGGCUUCCAUAGCCAGAUACUUCCCUGGAAGAACUGACAAUGCACUCAAGAAUUACUUCCAUGUGUUAAUGGCCAGAAGAAGGAAGAGAGAGAGAAGGACACUGUUUGGUGACAAAUUUGGCCACAGUUCAAGGAUCAAUUCCAACUCACAGAACUUCAGAAACACUGAAAUUUUUGGUGUGUCUUAUUACUCACAGACACCAACAACUCCUUGGACUCUAACUAUAGGUUCUACAACCAUCACAUCAAGCAAGGCUGACAAAGACUCAAGUGUUUCUUCAUGUGUUGGAGAGAAAGUGAAACCAUUUGAUUUGGAAAAAAUUUCAAAUGCUAGUCCUGCAUUUGUAGGUUCUUGGAUUCUUGGCACAUACAAAAGCUUCACUGCACCAAGCCUUCCUAGUAUUGGCAAGGUUGAUCCUCUUCCAAAAUUCUCAUACACUAAUUAUGGCAACAGAACUGAGGACUCCAUCACAUGCUGCAACUCUGGUAAGCAUCAUGAGCAAGAACAAACUGAACCUCUUAAUCUUAAUCUCAAGCAAAAGGGUGUUGUUUCCUUCAUAGACUUUCUUGGAGUGGGAAGCUCUUCAUCCCAUGAUGACAGCAUUAGGGGACCAUGA